UUACCUCGAAUGCGGAAUUACUGACAGAUCUACAUAAAAUCAUUUCCAACGUACAAAAACUUUCCGCUCUCAUCCUUUGCGGAACAUGUGGAACUGCGUGUACCACGGGUUGGAUGCCGGAAAGCGUAUCCCAUGCAACUGGAAAUAUAGCCAGCUUCCAUCGGUUCAGCACCAAAUUGGAACAACUCCAAACGUCAAGCACCAGAGACAUAACGCCAUUUUAGACGUGGCCCCACCUGCAUGGCUGCAUGCAAGUGAAAUCCAAGCAUCCAACAGGAAAAAUGUUCGAGUACUCAAACCUGUCCCCCUCCCCUCCCCCAAAUCAAGAAGUCAGCUGAUGCUGCGUAUUGAAUUGGCAUCCUAAAGUGCGCCAUGAAAUGAAGCAAGGUGAUUCGUCCAUGGCAGCUCAGUGCCAUUCCUGAGGUACGGUAGCAUUGCUCGCAGAGUCGCAGAGCAUGUUUCACAUUCCAUGAACUACUUCCGUGAGGAAAGUGGUGCCUGUACGUAACGAUGGAGGUGAGAUUAUACCACCCCUACAUAUAUUCCUUUCUCCUGCCAACUUUAACUGCUUACGGGCGACUGAGGGAGGGAAGGGGAGGCAGAGGCGCCAAUGGAGAUAUCCUAUGCUACGUCGAGCAAUCUCGACAUUGCCGACAGCGACAUUGUGAGAGGAUUAGCGAGGCAGGUGAGAGCAACUCCACUGGAGCGCCCGACGCCCUCAUCCCCCUCGCUUCCUUCGCCCCCACCCCUUGCGCAAUGGCGUCUGAAGCUCCAGAGCAUGACGUUCGUCGAAUGGAUGGAGCUCCUGUUCCCAUGCACCCGGUGGUUGCGAGCAUAUCAGUGGAGCGAGUACCUCCAGGUGGACCUCAUGGCUGGCAUCACUGUCGGCGUCAUGCUCGUUCCUCAGGCAAUGUCUUAUGCGAAGCUAGCAGGGCUUCACCCGAUUUAUGGACUCUAUUCUGGUUUUGUUCCAAUAUUUGUCUAUGCUGUGUUUGGAUCGUCUCGUCAACUUGCUAUCGGUCCGGUGACACUUGUAUCUCUCUUGGUUUCCAAUGUCUUGAGCAACAUUGUUGAUCCUUCAGAUGAGUUAUACAUGGAGCUUGCUGUCCUGUUGGCGUUUAUGGUUGGUGCACUGGAAUGUACGAUGGGGCUGCUGAGGCUUGGUUGGCUUCUUCGAUUCAUCAGCCAUUCUGUCAUAUCUGGCUUUGUUACUUCUUCAGCUAUUGUAAUUGCUCUGUCUCAAGCCAAAUACUUCUUGGGAUACAAUAUAGAAAGGAGCAGCCAAAUUUUACCACUUACCAAAAGUAUUAUUGCUGGAGCUGGAGAUUUCUCAUGGCCUCCCUUUGUGAUGGGAUCUACUAUUCUUGCAAUUAUUCUUCUCAUGAAGCACCUGGGAAAAUCGAAGAAGAGUCUGAGAUUCCUGAGAGCAUCUGGACCACUUACUGCAGUCAUACUGGGUACAACUUUUGUGAAAAUAUUUCAUCCAUCUGCAAUAUCAGUGGUAGGUGAAAUUCCACAAGGCCUUCCAAAAUUCCACAUACCUAGAGAAUUUCAAUAUGCAGAAUCUCUGAUUUCAACAGCAGUUGUCAUUACUGGAGUGGCCAUUUUGGAAUCUGUGGGGAUUGCCAAAGCAUUGGCAGCAAAAAAUGGGUAUGAAUUGGACUCAAAUCAGGAGUUAUUUGGUCUAGGAAUGGCAAAUAUCUGUGGUUCAUUCUUCUCUGCAUAUCCUGCUACAGGCUCUUUUUCUAGGUCAGCUGUUAAUCAUGAGAGCGGGGCAAAAACAGGAUUGUCUGGAAUUACAACAGGAUUUACAAUGGGAUGUGCUCUUUUUUUUAUGACUCCAUUAUUUAGAGAUAUACCUCAGUGUGCACUCGCUGCCAUUGUAAUCUCUGUUGGAAUAAGUCUGGUGGAUUAUGAGGAAGCCUUAUUCUUGUGGCGUGUCGACAAGAAAGAUUUUCUUCUUUGGACCAUCACCUGUGUCACGACUUUAUUUCUCGGGAUAGAGAUUGGUGUGCUUGUUGGGGUCAGUGCUUCCCUUGCAUUUGUUAUUCAUGAAUCAGCAAAUCCUUACAUUGCUGUCUUGGGACGUCUUCCUGGUACUACCGUUUACAGAAACAUUGAACAGUAUCCUGAAGCAUAUGUGUAUAAUGGGAUUGUAGUUGUACGAAUUGAUGCACCCAUUUACUUUGCAAAUAUAAGUUACAUCAAGGACAGGCUACGAGAAUAUGAACUCAGUUGUUCAGGUAGCACAAAGCAUGGAGCGGAAUCUGAAAGAAUAUAUUUUGUGAUCAUUGAAAUGGCACCUGUUCCGUACGUAGACUCCAGCGCGGUCCAAGCUCUCAAGGACUUGCAUCAAGAAUAUAAAUCACGCGAAAUCCAGAUUGCAAUUUCCAACCCAAAUCGAAAAGUUCUGGUAACGCUCUCGCGGGCUGGUCUUAUCGAACUAAUCGGCAAGCGAUGGUAUUUCGUAAGCGUGCAUGAUGCCGUGAAAGCUUGCCUCGAACACAUGCAGAACUUCCACGGGAGAAUGGGGGACCAGACGCCGGCUGGUAGGCAACCAGGUUUCCUGCAAUGGCAAAGGAAACGAGAUGGUGAAGGAGAGGAACUCAGCCCUGACGAGGAACCUCUCCUGUCGCAAAAGGAGGUUUAAGUGCUGUUUCUUCCCAUUCGUUCUGCUGCCGCCUGCUGGUUCAUCCAUUAAAUGUAGAUGGGAAUCAGCGGCAAGGAUUCUUGUUUUAUAUGAUAAAAUAAGUGCAGUUUUGGCUCCUCAAAUAA